CAGUGCGGGCUGCAGAUACCCGGACACCAGGCCCCAAGUUGACGCUAGCUAACAAUGGACUUCGCACUCGGUGUCGGUCCCUCUGGGCCGUGAUGGGCACAGAAACGGCUCGCUCUACCCGUGACCCGCCUAAUAGAGUUCCAAGUGCCUCUGUGGGAGGGAAGCGACAAGCAGGAAGCAACCCGGAGUGUCGACCUCCCUACCUCGGCGAACCCUCUAUCGCCUCCCGGCGGGGCGGCUGUGAGAAGUGGACCUUUCUGCUCGUUUGCUCCGUCCCCCUCGUCGUUGUCGCGUCGACAUGGUACAAGUUGGGCUUGUUGGCGCAUAAAGACGACCGGCGCGGUUUGAAACAUAUUUGUUCAGUUGGACAUCACAAGCCCUUGGGCACCGCGAGAAACCGCCAUGAGGAACACCGAGGAGGCUGAGGGCUUGGACGGGGAGGCCUCCAACACCUCCAUGAUCUCCGGGGCCAGCAGCCCCUACCAGCCUACGACCGAGCCAGUCCACGCGAGGAGCUUUUGGGGGGCCAUUCGGUGCAAUGUGGACUACCUCAAGUCUUACUUUGGUCUAUUCAAGGCAGUCGAAGUGGUCCUGUCAGUUAUUGGGUUCAUCUGCAUAGAAACCAUCAUGAUGUGUUCCCCAUGCAGUGGCGUCUACUUCUUCGAGUUUGUCAGCUGUACUGCCUUUGUGGUCACAGGCACACUCUUGGUGAUUUUCUCUCUCAACCUGCAUACCAAAGUGCCUCACAUCAACUGGAACCUUACGGAUUUGGGUAACACGGCAGUUAGUACCUUCCUCUUCUUCUUGUCAUCCCUCGUGCUUGCUUGCUUAAACCACAACAGUGGAGCUGAAAUAGCUGCAGUGACCUUUGGCUUCCUGGCUACAGUUGUGUAUGGCCUAAACACUUUCCUGGCGGCACGGCGAUGGCGCCGUGGCAACGGGACUCAGAGAGCGGCUCAGAGCAACGAGUACAUGCGAGCGCGCACGGCCUCUCGUGGAGAAAUGGAGGCCCGGCCCGAACUUGCGUGAUCUCAGUGUAAAUCACAUGACUGACAGCUGACAGAGGCAUAGCACCUCUAGUGGAACCACCAGCUCAACUCGUGCGUUGGCUCAACAUCACAACACUUUGGCUCUGCUUCCUGCUCUCAUUCCUGAGCCACAGAUGUGCUCUCUGGUUUUGUUUACCUGGAAUCCAGUAUAAACAGUCCACAAUAAAGACGGCUCACUGAAGUAAUGGAAACUGUAAAGGUUCCACCCCGUGUGUGACUCCACAUUUAAAUUGAGGAUGACCUCCAUGGCGGUCGAAACAGGCUCACCUCGCUACAGCGGCACACAAACCUGUCUUUUCCUAAUUUUGGACUUUUCCAAGUGUUGCGUCUCACUGUGAAGUAGUCGCGAAGAAACGUUGAGCUGUUUGAGUGGCUUUUGUGUCUUCUCUGUCAGCGGUGAUGAUAAACCGCCAACCUGUUACUACAGAUCAGUAUCACAGCGUGACUGUUCCGUUCUCUACUGACACCAUCUGUUGGCCAGACAAGACUGAUAUAGUGUAUUUAAUCUCUAAAGAGUGCUCACGCUGAUUUAGCUGAUUUCGUCGUCUUGACGGACUGCCUUUUAAUCAGUGACGUUUAGCCACUAAAAUAACUUUUCUGCGUGCAAUCUGUCUAUGUUUAGCUGAGGUUACUUCUCCUUUUCGAACUUGAAUUCUGUGCAUUUAUCUUUAGACAAACAUGGUUCUUGCCUUUUCUUAAUCCAUGCUAUUCAUGUUAGUUUGAUAGCACUGUGAGUGAAUAAUAUGAGGCAAGGAUGUCUGAUUUUUUUUUUUUUUUUUUUUGGUCUCCCUUUUGCACAUGUCAAAUGCUUUAUAAAGUGAUGACAUCUUGUUAUAAACACACACACAGUCCAAGUCUGUAUCACAUAGUAGUGGCUGCUCUAUACUGCAUCCAAGGUGUUAGUACACAGUUUUCAUUCUGACCACAUUCAGAUGACAAUCAAGUGUGCAUCACUGUAAGCACUUUCAUGUGCUAGGUCUAUCAUAGAGGGUUGGUGUAAUGUUUUUGUCUUUUGCUCUGAUGCUGUGUGAUAUUUUUUGGCAUUUUCUUUUCAAAGCAGUUUUCAGUAUUUUGGCUCAAUCUAUUUAAAAGUUGUAUAGUAUAAGUUUAUAAUCAAACCUCAGUCAUACCUUGUUUCCUUGACACUCCAUUAAAGCUUUUAGGGCAAACUGA